CUAACAGUCGGGUUGUGUAUUUCUGUGAAGCGUUAUUUGAAGACUCCGUGUGCGACCACAAACUUCUUUGAUAUGUUACAUUGACCUUGUUGAUUAUUUUCCUUCAAUAAGGGAUACUUAAAAUAUGCUUAUGCUAUUAUCAGCAACGAUAUGUGUUCAAACCAAUUUUUCUCGCAAUAAAACUCAACAAUUCGACGCUGAAUGUUUCAGUUGUUGAGUGGACGAAACGACGAUCACACAUGCGAAUUAUAGCGGAAUCGAAGAUUGUUUUUCAAUCGCUCAUACUGCAGAUACGUUAAAACUGGGUCUAUCGUAUAUAAAUAAGGGUAGUGUUGAACAUUUGCACUCAAGAUAGUCAAAGUGUAGUGAAAAUAAGUGAAAUAAGUCAACAAAACUAGAGCUCUAAGAAUCGGGAAUCGAGGCAUCGUAAAAAAGUGCAUACUAGACUGUCUUAUAGACAAAAUUUGAUUUCCAAGCAAAAUGCACAAAAUAGCCGCAAAUAAGCUUAAGGAGCACACUCGGUUGUUUAUCUUUCUCAUACUGAGCGCUCUCAGCGCUGCGAAACAAUACGACGAGGGUGAUUUCUGUGAUUUUGCGGGUUACAAAGGCACAUGCUUGAAAGCCACAAGAUGUGCUUAUUUAUCGGCCUUGGCGCAUACCUUGGAUUUGAAGCGAGAGCAAAUUGGUCAUUGUGGUUUUUCGGUGAUGGAAGAAAUAAUUUGUUGUCCUUUACCAAUACCGCAAAGUACAGAGCCCAACAUUUUAGAAGAAUUUAAGCCGACCGAAUCCCGUGCGUUAUCUGAAGAGAGUAGUGCAAAGUCUGCAGCAGGCAUACAAAUAGACACCGUUCGUUCAAAUGUUAAGGAUAAAAAUAUUCUUGAUAUUCUUGACAGCAUAUUCAAAAAAAAUGUUGAACCGAUUGUGGCUGUGAACGAAAACGAGCGAAUAAAAAUGCCAAACGGAAAUCCAAAUGAAAGACUAAUCCAAUUAUUUAAUGUAAACGUACCGAUUCAUGGUAAUGCCGAGGGCAGCAUAAAAGGUAGCAAUGACAAUCGGGUGCCCGCUGGAAAGGUUAGACAACGAUUGCAAGAUAUUGACAUUUUCGCGCCAGAUAAGGCGAAAGCUAAUUUACCAUGUGAGACGAGACACUAUAAUGGCAGUUGCAAGACAAAAUUACAGUGUAGACAUUUAGCCGCUAGCUUGGCUGACAUGCGUUUAAAUGAAACGGAUGUGGCUUAUUGCGCUCAAGAAGAUUUAAUUUGUUGUCCCAAUAUUGAGCGAUUAGCUGUUCGUGCCUGUCGAGACAUUGAACGCAGUUUAGGGCCAUAUCAAGGGGGACAUGUUUUCGGUGGCCAUAAAGUGUCCGCCACGGAAUAUCGUUUUAUGGCUCACAUUUUGUAUGACCGCCCGGAUCAUAUCUGUGGUGGCACAUUGAUUCACAAGCGUUUCGUGUUAACAGCAGCGCAUUGUGUUAUAGUAAGAGGAGUCAACGCCGAAAAAGUAAUUUUGGGUGUUGCUAAUAUAACUGAUCCUAAAGAAGCGCGCUAUCGGCAAGAUAUACGUAUUAAGAGAAUGAUUGCGCAUGAGCAAUAUUCAAGCUUUUUAAACUAUUUCGACAUAGCAGUGAUUGAAUUGGCUAAAGCGGCCGUAUACAGUCUAACUGUGUAUCCGACAUGCCUGCAUACCGAUCAAACAGAGUUACCUGAUGGCAUUAAACUAACUACGGCUGGAUGGGGAUUUACUGAGAAUGGAAAGACCUCCGAACAUUUAUUAGCGGUGGAAGUGAAUAAAUUAUCGCUUUCACAUUGUAAUCAAAGUUAUGCGCUUGGACGUGGUUUAGAACAUGGCAUUGACGAUACACAACUCUGUGCCCUUGCGCACGGAAAGGAUUCGUGUUACGGUGACUCCGGUGGCCCUUUAUUUCUAAGUAAAAAUGCGGCUUAUAACAUGUACAGAGUCGUCGGGAUCGUUUCCUUUGGUUCAAAAGCAUGUGGUGGAACUGUGCCGGGUGUAUAUACCAGAGUGUCAAAGUUUUUGGAUUUCGUUGAAGCCAUUGUCUGGGCGGAUGAACUGCACUAAAGUUAGUGCAUAUUUACACAGUACCCAUCAUAAAUUAAUAGACAUAAUUAUAAUUAACUAACUUGAUAAUAAACAUAACUACAACUAUUUAAGCGUUUGUGGAAUAAAAAGAAAAUCUAUGAGAAUUAUAACAGUAAAUGACACGAA